CUGUUCUGUGCUGCCAGCUGGAGCCCAGCUUCCCUUGGCCUGCCAGGGGGUGGGAGAAAGCCAGGGCCAGGGAAUGGCACACAGCUGCAGGGGCUGAAGUGGAGGGCCAAGGAAAUGAGCCAUUACACAGACAGACCAGAGAGAGGAUGACGCUUUUGGCAGCAGCAUCAACAAUCAAUCUACUCUCCCUCUCAUCUCAAGUUAAAUGGCGUCCGGAUUUUUUUGUAAUUUACCUAACACAUUUUGGGAUGUUCCAGCUGUCCUGAGUACUAUAUUGAAGAGCGGUCAAUAAGGGAAAGGGUAUACAGACAUGCCUGGUGCUCAAAAUUGAUGACGUAUUUCGUGCAGCGAGACUUCAGUGGGGAUGAAUGGAUUUGGUUCAGUUCGUUCAGUCAGUCUUCCUGAGCCCUCGCCAGCUAGCUACAAUAGUUUAUGCUUGCGGUUAGAAACUUCCGUGAGCAUUUGAAACUUGUCUGCCGAAAUUUGGAAUAGGGAGUGUUCAGAAUCAUUCAGUUUUUACCGGAUUUUCAAAAGCAAUUGUGAUUUAGCUGUAACCCUGGCCUGAUGCUACACUAUCUAGCUACUUCCCUCUAAGUUACUGCAGGAGAGCAGCGCAAGGCCGUUUGUUUGCGUUGGUCUGUGGUGUGAGAGAGGGCUGCAGUGAACAACAUGUAGAGCGCCUCUCCCCCUCACUCCCUACAGCUGGCAUUUCUUAAUGUGCUUUGGUUAAUGGAAACAUUUGUGUGUUGAAUAUAAACCAUGCAAUAAUGUGGAUGGUUUCUGUAGGCCUAUUUAUCAGCUCAUAUGCAGAACAUUUAAAGUGAGUGGAUUGUUGGAUCGCUAUUUCAAGCAGGUUGACCUGAUGCCUUUACAUAGCUGUAAAUAGCUUACACUACGUAAGCAUUUCACUGUAAGGUCUGCACCUGUUGUAUUUGGCGCAUGAAGGUGUAAGGUGCACCUGUUUUCACACUAUAUGAAGAACCAGGAGCACCUACAGUAUGUUUUGUCUAUGUAUUCUGCAGUAGUCAACGGAAGAACCUAUCCUGCAACACAACCAUGCUCUCUGUGUAUGAUGCUUUCUAGACAUUGGAGAGCGCAAAAUUCCCACACCCAGCCUUGCCUGUUUUAGCCUACAUCUAGUUUAGCCUGCUUUUUCUCUUUCAACGUGACUGCGUUCGUUACAGCCUAUUGGAAAUCACUGAAAUCUUGUCUAUCCAAAAAAAAUAAUCUUAGUCUAUCCAAAAAUGUGCCAUAUGCUUUUCCACAUGCUGAUGACCUUGCCUGUCAAAUUUAGCGCCUCCCUCCUGUCACUCAGGGUGCGAAAUACAGUCGUUACUAAAUUUCACACCACCACCGUGCAGUACGUGCAAGGCACGCCCCGUAUUGGAUGGAGGGAAAGCAGCUCUCCCUCUGAUCUGACCAGAGGUACAGUAGUCUACUCUCCGCUGAGCAUGUGGUCUCCGAAGACAUUAUCAACAUGACCGUGAGAGAUGAGUAGGGACUCUUUAUGGUCGGCUACCUAAAACGGGUGAACGAUCAUCUCAGACAGAGGCAAUGGCACAGCUUUUACAUGCAGAGAUGUAGGCUACAACAGCAUCAUUAGAGUCACAUUACAUAGCCAUAAAACAUGAUAUGAAAUACAUUGCAAUAUUCUGAUUAUUUGUCAAAGAAACAGAAGACAGAGCGCGACAAACGGACCUGCAAAAGAAUGUAGCUGGUAAUCUCCGGGACUGGCACGAGGCAAGGACUGUCACUGAACUGUUCUCCAUCACCAUCAGGGAGCCAGGUUGCAGCAUGAGAACACAUCACGGCUGAGAGGUCAGCAAAAUGGAGACGGACAGCUACACCCCGACCCCGGUCCCCAGCGACUGGGCUGGGAUGGUGGUGAGUGUGGGGGCCCUGGAAGAGGUCUCAGGGGGGAGUGUCUCCUCCAGCACAGCCUGGUACAUGCCCUACUCCCUGGGCUUCCAGGUGUCCCUGACUGCCUUCCUUAUGCUGGAGCUGGUGCUGGGCUUCAGCAGCAACAUGACGGUGCUGGUGCUCUACUGCUCUCAGUCCAACCUGGUCGACUCGGUCAGCAACAUGGUCACGGUCAACCUGCAUGUGCUGGAUGUGGUGUUGUGCGUGCUGUGUCUGCCUCUGACCCUGGUGGUGGUGCUGCUACCCCCAGGGCCAAACCUGGCCCUGCUCUGCUGCUUCCACGAGGCCUGUGUCACCUUUGCCUCCAUCUCUACUGCCAUUAACGUGCUGGUCAUCAGCGUGGACCGCUACGACAUCUCCGUCCGACCCGCCAACCGGUUGCUCACCCCGCGGAGGGCAGGGCUGCUGCUGACUGCCGUCUGGGCCACGUCUCUGGCCGUCUUCUUCAUCCCUUUCCUGGAGGUGGAGUUUCUCACCGGAGGGUCGGAGAAUGGGAAGCACAUCCCCACCUCUUCCUCCUCCGCCACCACCUUGGCGCCAGUGUGGCGUAACCGGACGCUGCUGUGUGUGGGCGGCCAGGGCUACCACACAGGCUUGGCCAUGUACUACCACCUCCUGCUGCAGGUGCCCAUCUUCUUUACCACGGUGGCAGUCAUGCUGUUCACAUACUCACGGAUCCUGCGGGCCUUGAACAUUCACAUCGGCUCUCAUAUUAAGAACAGCCAGCGCUUCAGGCGCCCACCCUGUAGGGGGCGCCGUAAGAGACAGAAGCAGAAGGCAGGGCUGGGAGUGAUAGAGGGAGGAGAGCAGUGUACAGACACAAGCAAGCAACUCGCUCACCCUCCCUGCAUCCCCCCCAUCUCCACAGCCACCUCCCCCCCAGCCCUGUCCUCAGCCCCUCUGGUCAGCUUAGAAGGCCCUGCCACUGCUGCCCCUGUCCCCGGUCCCACUGUCCAGGCGUCUGUGUCGGCCAUCAUCGCACUGCGGCGGGCCGUGAGGCGUCACCGGGACCGGCGGGAGCGCCAGCGGCGCGUCUUCAGGAUGUCCCUCCUUAUCAUCUCCACCUUCCUGGGCUGCUGGGCUCCUCUGUCCAUGGCCAAUGUGCUGAUCCUGGGCCUGGGCCCCAGCGACACCCUGGUCAGCAUGCGCCUGUGGUUCCUGGCCCUGGCCUACGGCACCACCGUCUCCCACCCACUGCUCUAUGCCUUCACGAGGCAGAAGCUGCGGCGUGCCCUCAGGGCCAAGGUAAAGAAGCGGGUGGUGUCCCUGCUGCAGUUGGACCCCUCGCCAGGAGGGACAGUCAUACACAACUCCUGGGUGAAGCCAAAGAAGGGAUGUCAGUUACGGCUGGAGGGCAGCGACGCCACUGGCCGUUGCCUGGCAGAGCCCCUGUGAGAACAGCACAGACUGAGUGUGUAUAACACUACUAACAGCCAGACAACAGGUGUAUUCACCUGCUCGUUAUACAGGUCUGUGUGAAGGUAAUUGACUCUUCACUAAGCCCCGCCCUCUUAGUUAUUGUUCCUGCCUCGGUCAAGAUUUUCCCAGGAAGCCAAAUUCCUCAUUCAAACCACUGGAGAAAACCCCUCACAAUGAUCUCAAACUGUGUUUUUUUUUAUACACAAUUAAAUGAAACAGACUACCCCUUGCUGAUUAGGAGACUCUCGGGUACGUUGUGGUGGACUCAUUACAAUCGCUUUACAGAAACCUGAUAAAAUUAAGCUUUUAGUGUGGCUAGCCACUGCCAUGACUCAGCAUGCAGUCAGCUACCACUUUUGGACAGUGGUGGAAAAAAUACCCAAUUGUCAUACUUGAGUAAAAGUAAAGAUACCUUCAUAGAAAAUUACUCAAGUAAAAGUGAAAGUCACCCAGUAAAAUACUACUUGAGUAAAAGUAUGUAGUUUUAAAUAUACUUAAGUAUCAAAAGUAAAUGUUAUUGCUUAAACAUACUUAAGUAUCAAAAGUAAAAGUAUAAAUAAUUUCAUAUUCCUUUUUAUUAAGUAAACCAGGCGGCACAAUUGUCUUGUUUUUUUUUAAAUUUACGGAUAACCAGGGGCACACUCCAACACUCAGACAUAAUUUACAAACUAAGCAUUUGUGUUUAGUGAGUCCACCAGAUCAGAGGCAAUAUGGGAUGU